UUGAAUUCAGUAUGGCAUCAGAAAAGACCACAAAAAAAGAUCUGGUAAAGGCUGAGGAACAGCAGCAAGCGAGUGCUGUCAAUCGGGUAACUAGCUUGCCCUUGCUCAACUCUGCAUUCAACCUGGUCUCAUCUGCUUACAACCACACCAAGGAGACGCAUCCUUACCUCAGUGGUGUCUGCAAUGUGGCUGAGACUGUGGCUGCUGUCGCAGUAGGUAGUGUGGUUGGUGGGGCACAGCCCAUCCUGAACCAGCUUGAGCCACAAAUUGCACUUGUAAAUGAAUAUGCCUGUAAAGGACUGGAUCAACUGGAGGAGAACUUGCCUUUUCUUCAACAGCCAGCAGAUAAGGUAAUCUCAGACACCAAGCAGCUGGUUUCCACCAAAGUGACAUCUGCUAUGGAUGCUGCCUGUGAGGCAAAAGAAGCAAUGGCUGAUAAAGUGACUGAAGCUGUAGACCUCACUAAAAAUGUUGUUGGGGACAGUGUCAAGCUGACUAGAUCAAUGGUCACCUCCACUGUUAACAGUGCUGUGGAGGCCGCCCAGGGUGCAAAGGACCUUGUGACUAACAAGGUGACUGAAGCUGUGGACCUCAGUAAACAUAUUGUGGAGGACAGCGUUGAACUGACCAAGUCUGCAGUUGCUUCUACUAUUGUCAAUGCUGUGGAGGCCGCCCAGGGUGCAAAGGACCUUGUGACUAACAAGGUGACUGAAGCUGUGGACCUCAGUAAACAUAUUGUGGAGGACAGCGUUGAACUGACCAAGUCUGCAGUUGCUUCUACUAUUGUCAAUGCUGUGGAGGCCGCCCAGGGUGCAAAGGACCUUGUGACUAACAAGGUGACUGAAGCUGUGGACCUCAGUAAACACAUUGUGGAGGACAGCGUUGAACUGACCAAGUCUGCAGUUGCUUCUACUAUUGUCAAUGCUGUGGAGGCCGCCCAGGGUGCAAAGGACCUUGUGACUAACAAGGUGACCGAAGCUGUGGACCUCAGUAAACAUAUUGUGGAGGACAGCGUUGAACUGACCAAGUCUGCAGUUGCUUCUACGAUUACUGCUGCUGUAGGGGCUGCCCAGGGUGCAAAGGAUCUUGUGACCAACACAGUGACUGAAGCAAUGGACCGAACCAAAGGGGCUGUUCAGGACAGUGUUGAGAAGACCAAAUUGAUGGUCACUUCUACAGUCAAUACAGCUCUGGAUGCCGCAGUGAGCCAAGCAGUGGCAGGUGGUGUGGAAUCUGUCCUGGGUAUAUCGGAAGAUCUGGUGGAUCACUACCUCCCAAUGACAGAGGAAGAACUAGGUGAACUGGCCACCACUGUCCAGGGAUUUGGUAUGGCUUCUGUGGAGGAGCAGAAACAGCAACAGAGUUACUUCGUGCGUCUGGGUUCACUCUCUGACAAAGUCCGCCACCGAGCCUACCAGCACUCCCUGAACAAACUGCAAUGCAUUAAGAAAAGCACCCAGGAGACACUCUCACGACUACAGCUGGCAAUAAAACUGAUUGAAUCUGUGAAACAGGAGGUUGGCCAGAAGCUUCUGGAUGGGCAGGAGAAGCUCCAUCAGCUGUGGGUGGACUGGAGCCUGACCCAACCCAAAGGAAACCAAGUAAAAACUGCUUCCCAACCAGAGCAGGUAGAGUCACGGACUCUAGCUAUGCUGCGUAUCAUCACCCAGCAGCUACAACCUGCUUAUGAGAAGCUGAAAGCCAGCAUCCACGGCCUCCCCAGCAACAUCCAGGAAGCUGUGUUUCAGGCCACUCGAAAUAUCCACAAGCUCCAUAGUUCUUUUUCCAGUGCUACGUCUUUCCAGGACCUCUCCAGCACCACCCUGACCCAGAGCCAGGACUGUGUGGCAGAAGCCCGAAGGUCCCUAGAUGACCUGUUUGAGUAUGUAACUCACAACAUCCCUCUAAACUGGCUUGUAGGUCCCUUCAGGGCGAUAGCUAAAGUGUCACAGGAUAGCAGGAAGCAUAAGAAGAAACAUACGGUAACUGAUAGAGAAUCACCUGUGUUGGGAAAGGCUACAUCACCAAAGGGGGCGGCUAAGGCGCCCGAAGAACCAAAGGGGGCGGCUAAGGCGCCCGAAGAACCAAAGGGGGCAAACACGAUCCCAGGGAAAGGGUGUGAAGUGCCAGAGAAGCUGGAAGAGAAGGCAGAGGAAGACACAGAGGUGUCACUGGCUGCAAAGGAGACAAAAACUAAUGCACCAGAGGAAGAUCUCUGA